AUGAAGUCACCAGCGGGUUCUUCAAGCUCGUCUUCAAACGUCUGUAGCAAGCCACCAUCUCCUGAUACAGAGCGCGACGAAUGCCUUCCGUGCAUCCCUGAAGAUCAAUCCGAGAAAUGUCCUUCGACUCCAAUCAGCCGCCGUAGCAGCAAGAAACGAGAGAAGUCAAUUGCCUUGGACCCAGUUGCACCAACCGAUGCGACACUUCUUCAUAUUCACGACCUUGGCAAAGACCAAACUGUGCCGGCCCUUCAUGUUCACGGUAACCACUGGUUAAGCAACGAUACGACAGACCCAAUUGAGCCAGCCCUUCAUCUUCACGGGAACCACAGGUUAAGCAAAGAUUCGACUACUCUAUCCUAUCCACCCUCGAUUCACCAACUUCGAACCGAUACUAAGGCACCGGCCAGUCCGCCUGCAGUUCUCCGGCACGAUCUUUUCAACGAUGUCCAGACAUCUGCCAUUCAACGAAGCAAUCAUGACCUUGGCCUCGACCUAGUCAAGACAUCUGCUAUUCAACACAGCAAUCAUAACCUUGGCUUCGACCAAGUCAAUACCUAUCGAGCCAGUCCAGAACAUCAAAUUUACCAUGAUGAGACCGUCCCAGGCGCGUUCCCUGCAUCAUCUCACGAUUUAGUCGAAGACCUAACCAGGAACCAGGCCAGAUCAGCUCAACCACAUGGACUUGAGGAGGAAGAUGAGGUUGCAAGUAGGCCAACAAACUUUGGAGCACGCCAUCUUUACGACGAUAAAUGA